AUGUCCGACGACGGGGCGAAACCAUCCCAAGAAAUCGAGCGCACCGGGUCGAUCGACAAUGGCCCCAAUAUUGCGCCAGCCGUUGACUCUCAGCUUGAGAAGAAACUGGUCAGAAAGUUGGACGCGGUGAUUUUACCGCUCACAUGUGCACUUUAUCUCUUGGCCUAUCUGGACCGGUCUAAUCUUGGAAACGCUCGCCUUCAAGGUCUCCCCGAAGAUGUUCUUGGGGGCGAUCCGACGGGGGCCAAGUUCGACUGGGUUUCAUCGAUGUUUUACUUUUCGUAUAUCCUUUCUCAGAUCCCGGCCGUAGUAACUUCCAAGCUGUUCAGGCCUAGAAUCUGGAUUGGGUGUGCGACAAUCGGAUGGGGGCUAGCUUCUACUCUGCAAGCGGCAGCGUUCAACUUCCAAGGACUCCUUGCCACUCGAUUCUUCCUUGGAGUAUUCGAAGCGGGAUUCGGACCGAUGAUUCCUCUAUACUAUACCUUUUUCUACACUAAGCAUGAGAUGGGUGUGAGGCUAUCUAUAUGGUUUGGAUUUGCGGCUGUCGCGGGGGCCUUUGGAGGAUUGAUCGCGUAUGGCGUACAGCACAUCAAUUCCUACCUCGCAAAUUGGAGGAUUUUGUUUCUUGUAGAGGCCAGAUACGACGAAAUGGCUGCACGGCGCUCAAAAGGAUUUGGCAAUCGAGCGUAUGAGUCGCGGUGGAAUGAAGAAGAGGCAGGAACGCUCAACAAGACCCAUGUAAUAGCCGCUUUGAAGGAUUGGAGGGUGUAUGCGUGCGGAAUCAUAUACUUUGGAGUGAAUAUCGCAUUGGCCUCGAUUGGUGUAUUUUUACCUACGAUUAUCAAGACUUUCGGAUAUACCAACGCCAAGGCCCAACUUUUAACUGUUCCCCCGUAUGCUGUUGCGGCGGUCGUAAUGAUGGGAGUUUCCUACAUGUCUGAUCGGACCCAGAAUCGUGGUUUCUUCAUGGCGUCUGCAUCUGCUAUUGGCGCUCUUGGAUAUCUGUUGCUCCUUGUUGUUCAGCAUAACCAGAGUGUCAGAUACUUUUCAAUAUUUCUGUGUUGUACUGGAACGUAUACGACUAUAGGAUUAGCUAUCACUUGGUUCGCGCACAAUCUUGGCUCUGAAUCCAAGAAGGCGGCAGGAAUACCAUUGUUUAUGGUUAUUGGUCAAUGCGGGUCUGUGCUUGGCACUCAUUCGUACCCUGCGUCCGAGGGUCCUCACUAUAUAAAAGGCCUAGCACUAUGUUGUGGAUUCGAGUUCUUGGGUGCCUUGAUGUGCCUCGUGCUUACAAUUUCAUUCCGACUAGAAAAUGCUCGACGGGACCGGGUAUAUGGUCCUCCAGAAGAAGGAAAAGUGGUGGAUACGAGAGAACUAGCGGACAAGUUGCGCAAUAAAUCAAGUGUUGGCUAUAUUGCCGCUGCGAAGGACGAAUUCAACGCCCCUCGAACUACUGCAAAAGAUGAAAUAACUCCCGUCGAGCUAUCUCCCAAUAAUACUACGUUGCAAACGACAAUGGGCGAUCAGGACAAGGCUCAUGUAGCUAACAGCAACGGAAGCGACGGGCAAGACGCCACAAGUAUUCUUCGGCGUAUGAAUGCUACCAGGACAUUACAAGCAGUUGCGCAAGCCGUGUUGGCCAUUCCGGGGAUUACGGGUGGGAGAUUAUGGACGUUAUGGCUGGAGGCGUGGGUGUUAGCGAUGCAGUAUUUACGGGCAUAUCGCGAUAUACACGACGACACUCCUCCUUCGUUUACCUCUACCAUGAGCUCUAUUUUCUCCGCAUUUCGCCCUGUUGCAGCGCCGCCACCUAUGAAGGAGUUAUUUGCAGGACAACCUAUCGAAGCAAGCGUUGUCUUGUUCCCGUUUUUCGAGUACAUGUCACGAAACCGAGUUUUUAGAGCCAUGCUCGCCGAGACCAUUCAUCCCGACCCAAUCAAAUCUCAGUCUCGACCAACGUCUCCAAGACUUCAAACUACGCGUCCACCACUAGGAAGCCCCAAAAACACUGGUACACCUCUGGGUUCUCCUCGGUUACGUCCUUCCUCUUUAAUCAUGGCUGGGAGAACUGCUUCAAUGGCCAGCAUUGUUCAAAAGGCGCAUGCCAAUGCACAAUUACAUCAAAACGUCCGGUGUGUGCCUGAAUUUGUAUCAUUGGCAUCCUACAUACUGGCCCACGCUGGGUCAACAAGUUCUGGGGCCGGUCGAGAGGAAGCAUAUGCGGGGUUGAUUCUAGAUAUACUCGAGCAGUGCGUUGCAGAUGAGGGCAUCAUGAGAGCAAUGUGCAGUCCUCCAACCGAGGGGGAUUCUGCUGUGUGGCUCUGCCGACAGGUGGGUCUAGCCUAUAUUAUUCGCCUAAAGCAAAGCUCACGCUAUGCAGAGGUUGCCCUUACUUCCACUCAGGAUAGGGCCCGCACCCUUGAUAUGUAG